AUGGCUCAAACGAAAAAAUCUGUUAGUGAAUUUAUCCAAGAUGCAUUUUGUCCGAUGAUUACUGUUCUAUGCAGUUAUGACGCGGAAAGUAUUUGCCGAAAGAAUAAUUUAACGUUCGCAGAAUUAAUCCAACCAUUCUGUCGUCUUCCAUCCGAAGUGAGCUAUCGUGAUCCAUCCAAUAAUUUGAUUACGCUAAAAAAUCUUCGUUUGGAAAUCAAAGAUUUCAACGCUUUACCUCCGCAAAAUACAUUAGCCAAGAAACUCUUGAAUGAUUCAGUAUCGAAUGCAUUAAAUAUUGGAUUAGCAAACAAUGAUCGCGAAAUUCAUACUGAACAAUACCAUCUACAUGUCAAAAAUACAACACCUUGGUUCGAUGCAUGGCGUGAUUGUUUUCUACGUAUAACAUACAAUGGCGAACAUGAAUUCCUAAAAAACUAUCUUGCUUGUGUGAUGGUUGUUUCCACAUCACAUCUCGAUCCAAUGGAUGCAUUUGCUAAACUUGUUCAACAGCAAAGCCUUCAGCAGCAACAAUCGCCGGCGAAACUUCCCAAGUGGUUCAUGCCGAAUAUAUAUAAAUAUUUCGUUUUACUGCACGAUGUCACCGAAGGUGAAGAGUCCAAAGCUGUGUCGGUUUUUGCUGAUCUCAAACAACAAUAUGGCGCUGGAAACUGUCAUCUGUUGCAAAUCAAUUCGAAACGCGCAGGACAGACGGCAAGUGGCGAAACGGAUGAGACUACCAACAUGCCAGAUCCAUGGCGUCUUUACGUUAAGCAAUCAUCGUUAUCGACUUCUGCCGCUAGCCAACAGCAACAACAAGCGGGCACAUUGCCAAAGCGAGAAAGCGCAAUGAGUGAUUCUUUAUCAAACCUAACAGAACUUAUUGACCAAGAACUUAAUCUUAAUACUUCCAUUUCUCAUCCAUUGGGUUCACUCGAUACAUCAAGUAGUGAUAUGACUUCUGUAGUCACUACUGAUGAAGGAUAUGACGGUUCAUCGAUAAAUAGUGCAUCUACAGUGAUCCAUGGUGCUUGUUUAACAUUGAGUGAUCAUGAUAGAAUUCACGUAUUUAUGAACGAAUUUGUUACGAAAGGACUACUUCUUUGGGUAGAAACAAAUCUGAAAACUUUCAACGAACAGAUAACAUCUCGUCGCGGUUUCACAAAGAUAUUUUCCAUGCCGAAAAAGUUUUUCGGUGGCAAUACUUCGACAACUAAGAAUACUCCUUCAGCUUCUUCUACAAAUUUGACAAAUGAUUCGAUGGAAAUCGUUCUUCGUCGCGCUGGUGAUCUGGCAUUUCUUUUUCAAAGCUACGAAUUCGCUUACAACAACUACUAUGCAGCUAAACGAGAUUUAUCACGUGAACAAGCACCGACUUUCUAUGCCGGUGUUUUAGAAAUGUGUUGCUUGGCAAAUUUCAUGCAAGACACUUCAGCGACUAAAGUCUAUCCCGGUCAAUAUAUGGAUGAAGCAAUUGAGAUCUAUGCCAAUGUAAGCAGAUUACCAAUAUUUGCAACACGUUGUGUGCUGAUGUCGACAGAGAUCUUGAAAUCUAAAGAAGCAUAUGAUCAAGCUGUUCAACAAUUCCUGAAACUCUCUCAAGAAGAUUCGGAUUUACGCGGUGCGCUCUUUCUCGAACAAGCUUCGCAUUGUUAUCUAAAUUAUCGACCUCCUUACAUACGAAAAUAUGCAUUCUACAUGGUUAUCGCUGGACAUCGAUUUUUAAAAGCCGGACAACGUCUUCAUGCACUACGAUGUUACAAUGAUGUUCUCGAUAUCUACGGGAUACCAAAUUGGUCUUUAGCUCUAGAUCAUGUGAAUUUUACAUUAGGAAAACAAAGUGCUUUGUUGAAUCACUCAGCCGAUGCAAUAAGAAGUUUCAAUGCGCUUUUUGCGCCACAUAACCGUAUACAAAAUGCUCAACAACAAAUCAACUUCUUUAAAGAAUAUUUAACUGUAUUCAAUCAACUAACUAGCUCUCAGACGACUCUACCAGAAUUACCAGUACCACUUGUAGAUAAUUCAACAAUGAAAGUGCUUCUCUCUGGACCUCAGCAAGCACAAAUGGGUGGUCAUAUAUCCAAUUGUAAUGAUUUUGAUUUCGAUGAAACGCGAGAAAUAUGGACAGAUCUCGAAAGGGCGAUCACGAUUCACGAUCGACGACCUAGUGGUACUCGUACACAAAUGAGUUUUUUUACAAGCCGUACACAUAAUCAACAACAUCCAAUUGCUAUUGCCAAUGAAACUAUCCGUGUGGAAUUCUAUGUACAAAAUGUUCUACAAGUCCCAUUAUUAUUGAGUGAAGUGCAAAUACUAUGGAAACAUUCGCUGACAGGUUGGAAACGUAGAACAAGUUCAACAGGAGAUGCGCCGGACGAUGCAAAAGAGCAUUCAAAUGAUACAUUAACAAAACAGACUAAUCAACCUGUGGAAUGUGAUAUUCUUAGUGAUUGUGUCAUCUUUGCUAAUGACAAUUCCAAAAUCGAAUUAUCCUUACGACCACUACGGCCUGGUUAUCUAACUAUUUUAGGUAUAUGUUAUCGAUUGAAUAUUCUCGUUCAAAAUAUAAGUGAUCAAACCACCUGGCCAUAUGGAAUCAUGGGCAAAGCAUUGUUUCACGUAAAAGGUAUUCGACUGAAUUCCAAUCGUAAAGAACGACUCAAUGUCAUGUACGGCGUUGAUAAGCGAUUGGAAUUGCAAGUUGUGCCUGAAGCACCACUUCUACACAUCGAAUUUUCUCCAAUGCCUACAGCGAUGUUUUGCGGUGAGAUUCAUUCUUGUCUAGUUCAUUUGAUUAAUCGAAGUACCACACAUGCGAUAAAUCAUGUUCGAUUAACAACAAAUCAACCAAGUUUAAUCACAAUAUCUUCGUCGAAUGAGGAUUCUUUAUUCACAUAUAAAAAUGAAUCUCAAUCGAUAUGGAAUCAUUCAUUAAACCAUCAAUCAUCGAUUUUAACGUUGGUCAAUCAACAUCAUCCUUUAGAACCUAACUCUACUCGAACGGUACGUCUGUGGUUACGAGCAUCGCAUUUAGCAGGUGAAAUGAAUAUUGACUUCUUAUUCGUAUAUGAAUCGGAUGUUUUUCAACAACCGCUGAGACAUCGAACAGUAAAACAUUCCUCUUUAUUUAUAAUUUCACAUUCCAUUGGUUUCAAUACUCAAGCUCAAUCUACAGGACUUGGUCAGCUGAUGUUACCCGUUCAAAUCGAUAAUCUUAUGGCAACACCCAAUACUUUAAGUAUUAACAUUCAGCAAUUGUCUUGCGUUAGCAAAAAUUGGCACAUUCACUAUCUUGCUUUGAAUUCCAAAAAUUCUAUUCGUUAUGGUGAAAGUUUAUCCCUUCUAUUUAAAUGUACACAUAAAGAAAAUGAACACCAUACAUUGCAGAUGAAACACAUUGAUUUAUCUGCUGAUGAAACUAAGAAAGAUAAAUUCAUUGAUAUUAGUCAAAAUCCAAUCGGGGAUUUCUUCCGUCAUUUUAUCUUCGAUACUGAACGAUCACUUUCAACACAUCGCCAUAAGCAAUCGAAUCCACUACCCAUUCCCCCUAUUUCACUUGUACUUCUUUGGCAGAUCGCGAUGUCGAAUCAACUAGGUCAAAUUGAAUUACGUCACGGUUUACACAUGGUUUCACCGUCUGUCGAUACACCAAAUAGGCAGCCAGGUCUAAUUGAUGCCAUUCAAUAUGAAUUGAUGUAUCCUUCUGUCGUUGAACAUACGUUUACGAAAGCAUUAUUUCUACCUGUUCAAUUAAAAAUUUUCAAUCGAACAAACGAACAAAUCGAUCUACAAUUACAGCUAAGCAGAUCAUCAUUCGAUUCUGAUCCAUUACUAUCAUCGUGUUGUUUAUGGUCCGGUAUGACUGAACAAUUUCUUCAUUUAUCAGCAUACGAACAUUUAUCUUUAACUCUACGUGCGUGUUUCUUUAAGCCAGGAUUUUACUCGCUGGGAAACAUCGUACUAGCCAUUGUUGAUAAAAUUCAUUCAACAACAAAACCGAUCAAAUCCAAUACACAUAAUUAUUUUGUUGAUAUUCGAACGGUAGCAUCAUCGUCAUUCUAA